CCCAGAGCGUCCCGGUGCGCUUCAGCCCGUUUCAGGUCCUCGAGAGGCAGCCCCGGCCGGGAUGGUCCCGGGCCGGGCGGUGGCCGGGCUCCUACUGCUGGCGGCCGCGGGCGUCGGAGGCACGGCGGUGGGGCCCGGGCUCGCCUUUAGCGAGGAUGUGCUGAGCGUGUUCGGCGCGAAUCGGAGCCUGUCUGCAGCGCAGCUCGCGCGCCUGCUGGAGCAGCUGGGAGCCGCCCCCCAGGAGGGUGUCGCCGAGCCCGUCCCGCUGCACUUCAACCAGUGCCUAUCAGCUGAAGAGAUCUUUUCCCUUCAUGGCUUUUCAAACGCGACUCAGAUAAGUAGCUCUAACUUCUCUGUCAUCUGUCCAGCAGUCUUACAGCAAUUAAACUUUCAUCCUUGUGAGGAUCGGCCCAAACACAAAACCAAACCAAAUAUUUCAGAAGUUUGGGGAUAUGGAUUCCUGUCAGUGACAAUUAUUAAUCUGGCAUCUCUCCUCGGAUUGAUUUUGACUCCACUGCUAAAGAAAUCUUACUUCCCUAAGGUUUUGACCUUUUUCGUGGGUCUGGCUAUUGGGACUCUAUUUUCAAAUGCCAUUUUCCAGCUUAUUCCAGAGGCAUUUGGAUUCAAUCCCAAAAGUGACAACUAUGUUGAGAAGGCAGUUGCUGUGUUUGGUGGAUUUUACUUGCUUUUCUUUUUUGAAAGAGUGCUUAAGAUGUUAUUAAAGACAUAUGGUCAGAAUCACACUCACUUUAGAAAUGAUGACUUUGGUCCUUCUCAUGAGAAAACUCAUCAACCUAAAACAUUACCUGCCAUCAAUGGUGUGACGUGUUAUGCAAAUCCAGCUGUCACAGAGCCUAAUGGACAUAUCCAUUUUGAUAACGUCAGCGUGGUAUCUCUACAGGAUGGCAAAACGGAGUCAAGUUCGUGUACCUGUUUGAAGGGACCCAAACUGUCAAAAAUAGGGACCAUUGCCUGGAUGAUAACACUCAGUGAUGCCCUCCACAAUUUCAUUGACGGCCUGGCGAUUGGGGCUUCCUGCACCGUGUCUCUUCUUCAGGGACUCAGUACUUCUAUAGCGAUUCUGUGUGAAGAGUUUCCUCAUGAGUUAGGGGACUUUGUGAUCCUACUCAGCGCAGGAAUGAGCACUCGGCAAGCCUUGUUAUUCAAUUUCCUUUCGGCGUGUUCCUGCUAUGUUGGGCUAGCUUUUGGCAUUUUGGUGGGCAACAAUUUUGCUCCAAAUAUUAUAUUUGCCCUUGCUGGAGGCAUGUUCCUCUAUAUUUCUCUGGCGGAUAUGUUUCCAGAGAUGAACGAUAUGCUGAGAGAAAAGAUAACUGGAAGAAAAACCGAUUUUACUUACUUCAUGAUUCAGAAUGCUGGAAUGUUAACUGGAUUCACAGCCAUUCUGCUCAUUACUUUGUAUGCAGGAGAAAUCGAAUUGGAGUAAUGGGAAAUGAAAGAUGGUGUUGUUAAUGAAGGCAUUUAAUAAAUAAAAACAUCUCCAAAGGGAUUUUUAAGCUUAUCCUAUUUAGUUAAAAGAUAAUUUUGUUUUCAACUGUAGGUCAAGAAAACUGAUUAUUGGUUUCAGAUCUGUUAAAUAGGCCGUUACUUGUUGUGAGAAUUGUUUCAAAGUGUUUUUGGUUCCCUUGGGAAAGGCUGGUAUACGGGAUCUUUGGUUAAUACUCACUUCUUCAUGUUUCAUGCAUUCUACAAUCAUUUAGACACCCAGACCCAGAGGAAAAUACAAGCUAGGUCCUAUAAGCCCUUAAACCUCCAUGGCGGGCUCAAAAGCUCAGGCGGUUUCAGAGUGGUUUUCUUUCAGUUAAUUUCGUUCCAGUGCUUUUCAUUCAAAUGUAGAAGAGGAUUGGCAUGUAUACAACACAGAUAGAAGUGAUUCCAAGGCCUCAUAUACCGGUCAGGGACUUGGAGGAUUGUUUUAAAAACCAUUCUAGGGGCUCCUGGGUGACUCGGUUGAGCGUCUGCCUUCUGCCCAGGUCAUGAUCCCAGGGUCCUGGGAUCGAGCUCCGCGUCAGGCUCCCCUCCUCAGUGAGGAGCCUGCUGCUCCCUCGCCUGCUGCUGCUCUUACUUGUG